AUGGCGGACGAUAAGAGUGGGAAACAAGCUACUCUGGGGUAUGUUCGCGACGGCCAGAUGACUCUUGGGUGCGUCGAUGUUGCUCCACGGCGGGAGGCGCCCAAUAGUUUGGAUUUACGGUUCUUUGGAUCCAACGCCAACGCGAACCAAGCCCCGAAGAAGCAGACCACUUUGUCAUUUGGCGGGAAACGGCAAAGAUCAAGUGGCGAUGCAGACAAUGAGACGCUUGAUGAUAAGGCAGAAAAUGGGGUUGACGUCGUCACCCCUAAUAAAACGGAGCAAGCAACGAGUCUAAAGCGAGAGAAGAGUGCAGAUGCGGAAGACAGCGAUGGAUCUGACGUCCAACCCGUCAAACGACGACGUAAAGCUACCGAAGAUCGGUCUCCUGCAUCAAAACAGAGACCAUCGCCCGCAGAACGAUCGAAAUCUCCUCAGGCCAAACCGGAGCCGUCAUCACCACCUCCAGUACUGAAGAAAGCGUCCGGGGAGGAGACUCCUGAACAAGAAGAAAAGCUAUCAAAGAUGGACGAAGAGGACCAACAAUCGACCAGUGAAGAGGAAGAAGACGCGAAACCGGAGCUGAAGAAGAAAGCGAUUGAAAAGGUGCAAGCCACACUGAAGGGAAGUGGGAAAGACCCAUACCCGGACUGGAAGCCAGGCGAGCCUGUCCCGUACGCAGCAUUAUGCACCACCUUCUCCCUCGUUGAGAUGACCACGAAGCGGUUGAUCAUUUUGGCACACUGUUCUUUGUUUCUCCAGCAGGUUCUCCGCCUGACACCGCAAGAUCUCCUUCCAACCGUUCAGCUCAUGAUCAACAAGCUUGCAGCCGAUUAUGCUGGAAUUGAAUUGGGGAUUGGUGAAUCGCUGAUUAUGAAAGCGAUUGGCGAGAGUACCGGCCGCAGCCUCUCUGUGAUCAAGAGUGACCAGCAUGAAAUCGGUGACCUUGGAUUAGUAGCAGCUAAGAGCCGGUCUAACCAGCCAACAAUGUUCAAACCAAAGCCAUUGACGGUGAGGGGAGUUCACGAGGGACUACUCGGAAUUGCCAAAGUUCAAGGCCAUGGCUCUCAAGAUAAGAAAAUCUCGGGAAUCAAGAAAUUGAUGUCUGCUGCUGAUGUCGCCACCGCGGGCAAAGGGAGCAAAGGAGUGGACAUCACCAAGGACAAAGGUGGCCCCAGUGAAGCAAAAUUCAUCGUUCGCUUCCUGGAGGGCAAGUUGAGAUUGGGACUCGCAGAGAAGACCGUGCUUGUUGCUCUUGCCCAAGCUGUGGUGACCCAUGAAGCAGCGGUCAAAGGCGAGAAGACUCCGCCCGCAGAGAAGAUGGCGCAAGGCGAAGCCGUUCUCAAGACCGUAUACAGCGAACUACCUUCCUACGAAGUCAUCAUUCCCGCUAUCCUGGAGCAUGGUCUGUUCCAACUGCCCGAAGUAUGCAAACUGCAACCCGGAAUUCCCCUCAAGCCAAUGCUUGCCAAACCCACCAAGUCCAUCACUGAGGUGCUUGAUCGGUUCGAAGGAAAGGACUUUACCUGUGAAUACAAGUAUGAUGGUGAACGGGCCCAAAUUCACUACGUCGCGCCCGACUCGAUCCAUCAAUAUCCCGGAGCCACGGCCACUCUCCAGAAGGACGCCAAAGGUCUCUGUGCGAUUUUCUCUCGCAAUUCCGAGGACCUAUCUAAGAAAUAUCCUGACGUUCUUGGCAAGCUUGACAGCUGGAUCAAAAAAGACGUCAAGAGCUUUGUUCUCGAUUGCGAGACCGUCGCGUGGGAUACUGUCAACAAGAAAGUCCUACCCUUCCAGCAGCUGAUGACCCGUAAACGGAAGGAUGUGAAGGCGGAAGAUGUGAAAGUCAAGGUCUGCAUCUUUGCAUUUGAUCUGCUAUUUUGCAAUGGAGAGCCCUGCGUCAAGAAAUCGCUUCGCGAGCGACGAGAGCUCAUGCACGAAUGCUUCCAGCCCGUCGAGGGCGAGUUCCAGUUCGCUCAGUUCGGCAACAGCAAUGUUCUGGAUGAGAUUCAAAAUUUACUUGAAGAGAGUGUCAAAGCCUCAUGCGAAGGACUGAUGGUGAAGAUGUUGGACACGGCAGAAAGUGGUUACGAACCCAGCAAACGGAGUCGCAACUGGCUGAAGGUCAAGAAAGACUAUCUCGCUGGAGUCGGUGACUCCCUCGACCUUGUCGUCCUUGGUGCAUACUACGGCCGUGGUAAACGAACCUCAGUCUACGGGGCCUUCCUUCUUGCCGCCUAUAACCCCAACACUGACCAGUACGAGACCAUCUGCAACAUCGGCACUGGCUUUUCCGAAGCGCGUCUCGAAGAGCUCCACAAGGAGCUUCUGCCCAUGGUUAUCGACCGGCCGAAACCCUUUUACUCGCAUUCCAAUGUCCCCAAGGACCAGCCAGAUGUUUGGUUUGAGCCAAAACUGGUCUGGGAAGUCAAGACUGCAGACUUGACUCUCAGUCCUCGCUACAAGGCUGCCGCGGACGAGUUUGAAGGGACUACCGGCGGUGGGAAAGGUGUUUCUCUCCGGUUUCCUCGUUUCAUCAAGUCUCGUGAGGACAAGAAGCCGGAGCAAGCGACCACAACCCGCGCGGUGGCGGAAAUGUAUCGAAAGCAGGAGGCAGUAGCGAAGGAGACUGCGGGCAAGGGAGGUGUAGAUGAUGAUUUCGAGUACUAA